AUGCAAACCCUAACCCAGAUUUUCAGUCCGCGCACUCCUUCUCUCAGCAGCCAUGGCACUACAUCUAAAGCCCUAGCAUUUGCAAGAACACCUCUAAGGUUAAAGGAGAGGGAAAAUUUGAGCUGCUGUGCUCCCCUUUUUGUUGAUUCUAGACAAAUUUUGGGGGAUUGGGCUAAGAAGGUCAAUCGGGCCGUAGUUUCGGCGGUUGAGGAAGGAAACGUGGACGCUGGUGCCUCGAAAAGGAGAAAAGUUGUUGAACAUAUAUGCCUACUGAAAGCAAAAGAAGAUUUGUCCGAAGAGCAAGAGAAAGACAUGCUGGAUUACCUUUAUACGAUACAAUAUCAGUUGCGUGGCAUCAUAGCCAUAUCACUAGGACGUAUUUCUGAUGAAAAUUUUGAACAAUAUACCCAUGCUAUCUUUAUGCGUUUCCAGACAAAAGGGGACCUUGCCAAGUUCUAUGAAAACCCUUCAUGUAUGGCAGUGUUUAAGGAACAUGUGAUCCCUUACUGCCAUGGAUUUAUGAAUUUGGACUAUGAGUCUGAAGUAGAAGAUGAUAUACUUCCGAUAUUCCGAAAGGGAGAGGAGUUCAACUAUGGUGUCGAGCACAUGCUUCUUGUAGAUUUUCUAAGGAAUUCUCUGGGCGGGCCAGCAGAAGAUGCAAUGUUUUCUCUCGCAAAAUUGACUACAAAAUUUCCUUCUUUGAUUGUCCAAGCUACUGAAGGUCCGAAAAUGAAUACGAGCAAUAAGGAAUAUACUCAUGCGGCUGUAAUACGAUUUCGGUCAUCGGAGGCCUUUAAGAUGUUCGUGAGCAGCUCGGAAUACAAUAAUAUGUGGGAAUGUAAGUUCCAACCAAUCAUCCAAAAGUUAUCAGUUGCCAAGGGCCCCCCGGCACGGACGAACCCGUUGACCACGGGUCCAGGACCGGACCGGACGACGGGCCAUUUCAGGGUCAUGAAUGACCCGGGUCAUUCAAUAGCCAAUGUAAUAAAAUUGCUUUGUACAUUUACUCCAUAG